AUGUCGAGCGCGUCUCUCCACGCCGCGGUAUGCGCCGGCGUUAGGCCCCAUGUCGCAUCCAAGAGGUUCUGCGUCACCUCCGUGGGGCACGGCGCGUCCUCGCCUGUGUCUUGGUCCAGCAUCGGACUUUUCUCCUCCUCCGGCAGGUUUCUCCGAGGUCCGCUGUCCAUGAAGGCCGCCCCCGCGACCGCGGCGGCGUCCAAGGAGACUGAGCAGUACGCAGGGCGAUGUGUGGUUCUGACGCGCGAGGAGGGAAAGAACGGGGACAUGUGCAGCAGGCUGACCGCGAGGGGGAUCGACUGCCUGGAGAUGCCCCUCAUCGAGACCAUCAACGGAGCCGACCGCGACGCGCUCCCCGCGGCGCUUAACGAUCCGGAGGGGUGGACGUGGGUUUGCAUCACCUCGCCGGAGGCGGCGAAGGUGUUCCUGGAGGGAUGGACCGAGGCCGGCCGGCCCGACCUCCCAAUCGCCACCGUCGGCGCGGGCACGGCGAGGAUCCUCGCCGAGCACUACGCGUCUGGAGCUCUCGCGGCUCCGACGUUCACGCCGUCGAAGGCCAACGCGGACACCAUGGUGGUCGAGCUGCCGGUCGAUGAGAGCUCGCGGGUGCUCUACCCGGCGUCCGCCAAGGCUGCGAGCACCCUCCAGGACGGCCUGGCGGCGCGGGGCGCGACGGUGACCCGUCUCGACACGUACAGCACGGAGAACGUCACCGCCGUCGACCCCGCGGUGCUCGCGAGGGCGCUCGCCGCGGACGUGGUGACGUUCGGGUCGCCAUCCGCGGUCAAGGCGUGGAUGGCGCUCUCGGGCCUGGAUCCCGCGGCGUCGGAUCACCCGGCGUACGCGUGCAUAGGGGGCACGUCCGCCAAGGCGUGCGACAAGAUUGGCCUCCCGGGGGUGCUCUUCCCGGAGGACCCGGGCGUGGACGGGUGGGAGGGGGUGGUGCUCAAGGCCCUGGAGGCUGCUAGGUAA